AUGGGCGACUUCGCCCCCAACUGGCCUCUGGUGAAUGCUCCCAGGGAGGAGACUCCCAGUGAAAGAACUUCCAUUGAGGAUACUCCCAGCGAGACGGAGCCAAAGCAUAAGGAAACAAGCAAGGAAAGAGAACCAGACCCAGCGACAUCAGAUGGCACUCCAGCGCACGCGGGAGAAACGCCCAAGCCCGACCCCACGAGUACGACUACGACAGAUGCGGGCAAAGACUCUCCCAAGGAAUCCAAGACAGCGAGCGACGAGACGGAGCCAGAACCAUCGGAGAUACCGGCGCCCGGUACCGAUGGCACAACCUUCACGACGCAGACGCAGACAUCGGAGGGAUUGUUGACCUACACGGGUAGCAUAGCGCCAACCUCGACCUCGACCUCGAUCUCAACCUUAACUUCAACCGCAGCCCCAACACCAACCCAUGCCUCGUCCGAAGAUGGCGGGUCAUCCUCGAGCGGAAUUGCCUCUACAAAGACCAAGAUCGCCAUUGCCGUUCCAGUGGGCGUCGUCGGCCUAGCCAUCAUCCUAGCCUUCAUCAUCUUCGGCUGCCGCCGCUCCAAGCGCCGCCAGCGCGCCAACCGAUCUUCCUACAAUAUGGCCCAGCCCACCACCUCCACUCUGCUGCCCGGGCCGGGCUCCGCCUCCCAGCUCAUGGUCGCGCCCAAGCUCAGUACCUCCGAGCCGGCGGCUCUACCUACCCCUCAGCGAAAUUUCUCAGUCCUCACUGCACCGCAAAGCCGCGAUGCAAGCCCGCGGCCCGUGCCAGCUGCCUUAACCCCAGGCUCGGCACGAGGCCUCUCGUCGCCUUCGAACCAAGAUUUGGGUAUUCCAACAGCUGUCGCUGCUGCGGGUGAGCCAGCUACGGGGGACCAUCGCAGCACCUCCGGAACACAGCGCGGCUUCGAAGCCAUGCGUGGCACAAGUCCAUCAUCCCGAAGUCCGUCUCUACCUUCACCUCAACUUCCAAAUAACCCCCAUGCAUCAGAAUCAUCGGACCCGCAAAUUCUACUACACCGUGGACCGACCCAGCGUAGCGGCGUGUCCGAAGUAUCCGACGGGGAAGAUGACGGCGAGCGAGAUCUGGAUGACAUGUCGUCCGUCUCGUCGUUUGAUGAAGAUAGUCCGCGCUCACCUCGCGGCCCGAACAGGUUUCUACGUCGCUGA